UAACUUCCAAACGGACGGACACCAAGAACCGUUGAAACCAAAAGAAGCGAAACUGAUCCCCGCACGGCUGAGAAAAUGGCGAUCGCCGCCACGCUCUCUUCUUCAACCUCGUCGCUGCUCGUCUCGCCCGCCAGCCCUUCGACUUCGACCAAUGCCCGUCCCGCGCUCCCCCAAGUCCCCCGCCCUCGCUCGAGUUCAAGCUCGCGCGCCAGAGCAGCAAGCAUUCGCCCGCCGAGACCGCGAAGGCUGGCCGCCGCCACCACCACCGCAGACGCUCGCGGGAGAACGAGCGUCGUCGCUCGCUCCGCUGCUGCGUCGCCGCCCUCGCCCGCUUCGCCUCUGCCGUCGGCUCUUCUGUUCGACUGCGACGGAGUGCUCGUGGACACCGAGAAGGACGGCCACCGGAUAUCCUUCAACGAUACUUUCCAAGAAAAAGAAUUGGGCGUCACCUGGGAUGUAGAUUUGUAUGGAGAACUUUUGAAAAUUGGCGGAGGAAAAGAAAGGAUGACAGCGUAUUUCAAUAAGACAGGAUGGCCUGAAAAAGCGCCAAAGAGUGAAGAGGAGAGGAAGAAAUUCAUUGCUUCUCUUCACAAGCGAAAGACAGAGUUGUUCAUGGCCCUUAUUGAAAAGAAAUUGCUGCCCCUUCGACCUGGUGUUGCAAAGCUCAUUGAUCAAGCUCUAGCAAAAGGAGUACAAGUUGCUGUCUGCAGUACCUCGAAUGAGAAGGCGGUCUCCGCAAUAGUUUCAUGCUUGCUUGGGCCUGAAAGAGCAGAAAAAAUCAAGAUAUUUGCUGGAGACGUGGUUCCGCGUAAAAAGCCAGAUCCUGCCAUCUAUCUGUUGGCUGCCAGCACCUUGAGUGUUGAUCCUUCAAGUUGUGUUGUGGUUGAGGACAGCGCCAUAGGCCUCGCAGCAGCCAAAGCUGCUGGAAUGAAGUGCAUCGUGACAAAGAGCGGUUACACAGCUGAGGAGGACUUUGUAAAUGCUGAUGCAGUCUUUGACUGCAUCGGAGAUCCUCCAGAGGAACGCUUUGAUCUUACAUUCUGUGGAAGCCUUCUUGAGAAGCAGUACGUUAGCUAGUCAUCUCGGUCCUUUGGCCAAUUCUUUUAGUUUUCUUCUAUGUACUCUCAAAUAUUUUCUCGAGAUCCACGAUGGUAAGAGUUAUAUAUCCAAAACGAAGCACGGACAAGAAGUCCUUGAAAUGUACAGGACUUCCAAUUUUUAUUGCCCUUUGUUUAAUCUC